GACACGAAGGCAAUUUUUUUCUUUUUUUUUUUUUUUGCUUUCGUAGUGAGCUGUAUAUUUAGUCUGUGAUGAGACUAUCCCUCAUUGCUGGCUGUGACAGCGACAUUGUCACGUGAUCACGUCCACGUCACGUUCACACACUGACGACUACCACAGUGUCCACAAUCAUGCUGCUGAUGCUGCUGGUGGCACUGGCCCUGGGGAGUGUGCUCGCUGAUGAAUACUCCUUCCCAGUGAACUGUGAAGAACCCAGAUUGUGUACCGAUGAUCGGACGCCUUACUGCAUCAAGGGCCGGAGAGAACCUGUGCGUGGACAUUGUGAGUUCCAGGACGCCCUAUGCAGGGGCGAGAAGGAAGACCCCAGCAACACCUGCUUUCUGCCCUACCCCAUCAGGUGCGACCGACCGCCCGACGAACGAGCCUGUGUCCGUGACUGCCGACCCUGGUGUGUGGUGGGACGCUCCGAGCCCCUGCGAGGUCACUGUGCCAUCCAGAGGGCCAUUUGUGACGAAUACGCCGUGGUUGAUAGAAUCAGAAGCUGCUUGCCAUGAGACAAGUCUCCUCCUUCGUGAAACGUUUGCACUUCAUUGUUUAUUAUCCUUACUGACCACGUGACCUUUGUGCUCUUUGAACUACUAAAGUGCA